AUGGUGACAAAAAUACCACAGCGAAGAGCUCCCAUCAACAUCCAGGACACUCCUGCUGUCAGUCUCUCAUCCAGACGGAUUGUUCUUCUGGGUAAAGGUGGUGUUGGGAAGAGUUCAUCUGGAAACACAAUCCUGGGACAGAAAGAGUUUGAAUCUCAGUCAAGUACACCUUCAGUAACCAGUGAAUGUUCAGAAGCUCACGCCACUGUUUCAGGCAGAUCUGUGUCUGUAGUUGAUACUCCUGGAUUAUUUGACACAGAGAUGAACCCUGAAAAGUUAAUGAUGAAGAUAGCGAGAAGUGUUUAUUUAUCCAGUCCUGGACCACAUGCUUUUCUCAUUGUUCUCAGAGUAGAUGACAGAUUCACUAAACAAGAGCAGCAGUUUCCUCAGAUGAUUGAGAUGAUGUUUGGUCAGGAGGUGUUGAAAUACUCCAUCAUUCUCUUCACUCGUGGAGAUCAUCUAUAUGGAGUGUCUGUAGAGGAACUCAUUGAGGAGAACUGUGCUUUGAGAGCUCUAGUUGAUCAGUGUGGAGGCAGAUAUCAUGUCUUCAACAAUAGAGAUAGGAGAAACACAGGGCAGGUGAAUGAUCUACUGCAGAAGAUUGACACAAUGAUAGAGCAGAAUGGAGGAGGACACUACAAUAAUCUGAGAACAGAUGCUCUGAGAAAAAGACAAAAGGAAGAAAAGAGAGAACUACAAGAGGAGACUGAGAGUGCAGGACCAAGGAGAACAAAACCAGUCAGGGAAAGUGACCGGUGCACAAUACUUUAAAUUUCAUUGUGUGAUUUUGUUUUUCUGUUGUGAAUGUAUUUGUUCCAGUAGAGUUACAUGUCCAUAUAGCAGGGGUGACCAGAA